CGGGUGGGGGCCGCCCGGCCGGGGCGGCUGCGGGCAGCGCACGGUGCUGACCGGCACCCAGGGGAGCCGGCACCGGUACCGGGGGUCGGACCGAGCAGGGGGGUACCGGGGUAGUGCCAGGAAGCGGGUCCCGGGAGCGAGGCCGUGCCAGGGGACGGAGCAGGUGCUGGUCCCGGCGGCGCAGCGUUAGGAUAACGGGUGUGCCCGGUGCCAGGGGCAGCGGUGGGAGAAGAGGGACCGGCGCCAGGAGAGGGGGGGUCCCCGAUCCCGAGAGGCGGUGACAGGAGAGGCGGGGAGAGGUCCCGGGACCAGAAGCGCGGCGUUAGGACCGGGAUAGGCGGGGGUCCCCGUACCGGAGCGCGGUGCCGGGAGCCGGUACCGGAGCGCAGGGUUCAGACGGCGAGGAGGGGCGGGAUCGGGGCGCAGGGUCAGGUCCCGGUGCCGGUGCCGGGGCAGUGCCAGGAGCGGGGUGCCGGGUUUCGGCGCCGGGAGCCAGGUGCCCGGUGCCGGGGCAGUGCCCGGAGCAGGGUGCCGGUGCCCGGUGCCGCAGCGGUAGGAGGGCUUCCCCCCAGGCUCGGGCUGGGUCGGGGAGUCCCCAGGGCCGGGGUGCAGCGCCAGGCGAGGGGGUGCCGGGCCCGUGGGCGCGGAGCCGGCGGCGAGGGGGCAGUCCCGGUGCCCGGGCGCCGCGCUCCGAGUGGGUGGCGGCACCGGCGGGGGGGUGGGGGGGUGUCAGUCGUCCCGGGCGGCCGCGGAUCCCGCAGCGGCGACGGGGCCGUGGGUGUGAGAAGGAAACGGCGCCGACCCGCCCCUGGCACCGCGACCCUCUAAAAGCCCCGGGGCCGCCGCACCGGGACCAUGCGCGCCCCGGCCGCCCGUGCCCCCGGCGACUGAGCUGGGCCCGCGGAGGCAGCGGGGCCCGGCGGCCGGGAUGCCCCGGCGGAGCCCGCUCGCCCUCGGCCUGCUCGGCCUCGCCGCCUGCCUGCUGGCCGCGCCGGCGCUGGGCUGCGGCCCGGGCCGGGGCCCGGUGGGGCGGCGGCGGUUGGGGCGGCGGCAGCUCUCUCCGCUGCUCUACAAGCAGUUCGUGCCCAACGUGCCCGAGCAGACGCUGGGGGCGAGCGGGAAGGCGGAGGGCAAAGUGCUGCGGGGCUCGGAGCGCUUCAGGGACCUGGUGCCCAACUACAAUCCCGACAUCAUCUUCAAGGACGAGGAGAACACGGGGGCGGACCGGCUCAUGACCGAGGACCCUGUGGGGAGUGGACCAGGUGCUGCAGCGGGGCUGGGGGUGACACCGGUGCUGGUCCUCCCCCAGCGCUGCAAAGAGCGGGUGAACUCGCUGGCCAUCGCGGUGAUGAACAUGUGGCCGGGGGUGAAGCUGCGGGUGACAGAGGGCUGGGAUGAGGAUGGGCACCACCUCCCUGACUCGCUGCACUACGAGGGCCGGGCGCUGGACAUCACCACCUCUGACCGCGACCGCCACAAGUACGGCAUGCUGGCGCGCCUGGCCGUGGAGGCUGGCUUCGACUGGGUCUACUACGAGUCCAAGGCACACGUCCAUGUCUCCGUCAAAGCAGAUAACUCACUGGCUGUCCGCACCGGCGGCUGCUUCCCCGGCCACGCCACCGUGACUCUGCGGAGCGGCGAGCGCCGGGGCCUGGCCGACCUGCGCCAGGGUGACUGGGUGCUGGGCGCGGAACCAGGUGGGCGCCUGGUGCCCACCGAGGUGCUCCUCUUCCUUGACCGUGACCUGGGCCAACGCGCCUCCUUUGUGGCCAUUGAGACGGCCAGCCCGGUGCGCCGGCUGCUCCUCACCCCAUCCCACCUGGUCUUCACAGCCCGCGGGGCAGCCAACGGCACGGCCACCUUCCUGCCCGUCUUUGCCCGUCGCGUGCGACCAGGUGACGCGGUGCUGGCGCACGGUGCCGGCGGGCAGGGGCUGCGCCCCGCACGAGUGCUGCGGGUCUCGCGGGAGGACGGUGUGGGGGUUUUCGCCCCCCUCACCUCCCACGGAACCCUGCUGGUCAACGGGGUGCUGGCAUCCUGCUAUGCCGUCCUGGAGAGCCACCGCUGGGCCCACCGCGCCUUUGCCCCUCUCCGCCUCUUCCACGGGCUCCUCUCGCUGCUGCCCGCCCGAGCCGAGGCAGGCAAUGGAACCGUGCCGGAGGCAGGCAUGCACUGGUACUCCCGCCUGCUCUACCGCCUGGCUGGGGGCGUGCUGGGCCAUGAGGCCCUGCAGGCGUAGGGCUCCCCAGCCCCCCCCCAGUCGCCGCACUGCAGAUCAUGCCGCACACUGGACACGGGGGACUCCGGCCUUGGGGCCCCCUUGGACCCAGGGAGGAGGGAUUGGGGCACUCCUGGCCCCACAGGGAGGUUGGGGUGCCUCUCAGCUGAGCGCUGCCCAGGGGUGUGGGGUGGUGGGGAUGGGGUCCCUGGGACAGGGUGUUAUGGGGUGGCCCAGGGCCCUGGGUUCAGUCCCCUCCCGUGUCCUGAACUCCCCCCCCCCCAGCACUGCCAGGUGCCUGGCUGGGUCCCCGUGCCCCAAAACCCUCACACGCUCCCCCUGUAUUUAUUGCUUUAUUAACUGCUGGGGCUGGGAUUGCUGCCUGUCGAGCCGAGGCUGGGCACUGCCUGACCCUGCCCCGGGGCCAAAUCCAGCCCGAGGUGGGAUGCCAAAUCAGCAUCUGGCAGCAGCUCCUGCCAGUCCCCCAGCUCUGGGUCUGACCCUCUGCAUCCCUGUCCCUGUCCCCAUGCAGCUCAGCGCUGCGGGGCGGCUGGACAGGGUGUCUGCCGCAGGCACAGGCAUCCUGUGCCGGCCCGGCUCUAACCGUGCUAACUGCUAACCCACCCUGCUUGAGAGUUUUAUUUUUCUAUUUAUAAAUGGUAAUAUAAAUGUCCCCCACGCCUGCCCGCCCAGGCAGUGGGGCCUGCCCUGUGGGGGGGGGGGGGGGGGGGGGGCAGCCUGCUUUUAACCAAUUCUGUUUAAAAACCCCCCCAAACCCCAACAAACUACUAUUUAAUUGUUUGGAUAAAUAAAGAGACUCUAUGGC